AGAUUUUUUUUUAUCAAAUUCUUCCCGUAUCUUCGAGAAAUAUAUUCGUGUGAAAUAUCGUAUAUAGACAAUUCUCCGAUUCUUCACUUUAAUAUCCUGUGAUCAACCGGAAGUGUGCUCGAGUAAGACGCAAAGGCAAGUAAGUUGGAGAGAAACCGGUCAAUUUUAAAGCAGUAUGGGAGGGGGGGGAGGAGGAGGAGGGGAGAGAAGCAAUGAAUUCUCAGGUGAUGCGAGGAAUUGCAUUCCCUUUUCUCUAUCCGUGAACGCUGUUCAUGUACACAACGGGCGACGAUGAAUUUUCCAUGAUUUUUUUUUUUCUUUCUUUUUUUUUUUUUUUUCUAGGAAAGGCUUCUAUUGAGCGUGCUGCCGCGCCACGUAGCCAUGGAGAUGAAAGCUGACAUCGCGGGGAAGCCAAAGGAUACCAUGUUUCACAAAAUUUACAUUCAGAGGCACGAGAACGUCAGCAUUCUGUUCGCCGACAUCUGUGGAUUCACUUCCUUGUCGGAUCAAUGCACUGCCGAGGAGGUCGUCAGACUAUUGAAUAAAUUAUUCGCCUGCUUCGACACACUGGCAGCUGAGCACCAUUGUCUGCGAAUCAAAUUACUUGGUGACUGCUACUAUUGCGUCUCCGGACUUCCUGAACCGAGGCCAGAUCACGCGCGUUGUUGCGUGGAAAUGGGUUUGGACAUGAUUAGCGCCAUUACACUGUAUCGAGAAGUGGGCGCAGUGAACGUGAACAUGAGAGUGGGAAUACACACUGGAAGAGUUCAUUGCGGGGUUCUUGGCUUGAGGAAAUGGCAAUUCGACGUUUGGAGCAACGACGUCACCCUGGCCAACUAUAUGGAGAGCGGAGGAAUACCGGGGUAAGUUUUUCCUUUUUUUCUUUUUUUCUUUCCUUUUUUUU